UCAAAUUCUGCUGUACUAUUGAAGAGCAACAGUAACCUCCUACUGGUAGAGAGAAUCCUCCCCAUUCUACGCCUAAAGCUUAGAGACGUUCCUGUUCCUCCCCUAACAGUUCAGCUGAAGCAAAUGAGAAGCAGCUGGUUCUUUCAGUGCUUGCAGAGAUAUCCAGGAAUUUUGGCGUCUUAUCUGCUGGGUCUCUUUGCUGAACAGGGACUUUUGAGACAUUGAACAGAGACUUCAAAUUCUGUGAAGAAGGAACAGAUGUUUUUGUGGCCAUUCUCUUUUGUUUAACUUUAAACAUACUUACCACAAUUAUUUUAAAUCACAACAGUGGAAGAUGCAUAACAUUGAGUCUGGCUGGACAAGGAAUCAGAGAAAAACACACCAUUAAGUGGUAUUUAUACUGUUUUCUCUGAUCAUAUCACAUGACCAAACUGUACUUUGGGCUGUAAUCCACUUACCUGCUUUGAAGAAAAAAGGUUUCUGGAGCCUUCUGUGAACAGAGAAAAGAUGACUGCAGUUCAAAGUGAGAAAGCAGAGAUGCAUCGUCUUGCCAAUUCCCAUAUAAAAGAGAAUGGGGAAAGUAACGGAAGCAUCAGGAUGUACCCAAGCACGCACAAAAUAUACAAUUUGAAACUUUGUGCUCCAGAUGGCUUACAAGUUUGCAUCAAUCGCAGGACAGUUUUUUACAUUGCAUUUGGGAGUCUGAUGCUUAAUCUUGUUCUGGCCAUUCUCAUCCUCAGGUUAUCAGUAAGGAGAAGGGAGCCCUCUCCAGCUCUUCCUACUUGCCCAGCCGUCUCCUGUCCAAGCGGUUGGGUUGGAUACCAAGAGAAAUGCUACUAUUUUGCUGUGGCUGAAGGGAACUGGGCAUUUAGCAAGACGAAUUGUUCAUCUCUCAAUGCUUCUUUGGCUGGGGUUGAUUCCCAAGAAGAGAUGGAUUUUAUGAUGCGCUACAAAGGUAAUGCAGACCACUGGAUUGGUCUUCAAAGGAACCAAAGUCAGCCCUGGAAAUGGAUCAAUGGUACCAUUUUCAAUGGUUGGUUUCCAAUUCGUGGAGGAGGGAGCUGUGCAUAUGUGAACCAGCAAGGUAUUGCCAGCUCCAGCUGCUCAAGGGAGGAACCUUGGAUCUGCAGUAAAGCAGUUGGGAGGUGACAAAGAGUAUUACGUGCAACUGAUAAGCUUCUGAUCCAUAUGAAACAUGCUCGUGAAGAUGAGAUGGACCAUUUUCAGAGCCCCCUUGUGGUGAAGAGGAAAAGGGAAGAGGAAAAGGGCUGGGGUCAGGAAAGCCGGUGAACGUGAAAUAAGUUUAAGCCGUUGUUAUUACUCACAUGGUAUGGAAGCUGAGGCUGGAAGCUUAACUUAGAACAUCAGACAUACAUUGAAUCAACUCUUCUUUUUAAACCAAUGCUUUUCAUUUUGGAACUUGGAAACCUAACUAACUGAUUUACAUGAACUUACUGUAUCGGCGGGACGAGGCUGGCGUCUGCAUGAAUCAUGGCUUUAUAAUAGUUAAAGGACUGCACAAUAAAAACAAUGCAAUAGGAAGAGUAUACCUACAACAAACACUACAGUAAGAUAGUGUUGUAAUCUGGCAGUUCCAGUGAUUCCAAACUGUAAUAUGAUAAAGCAAAAUUACAGUUUUACUUAAUGUAUAUACAUUGGAAUAUAUUAUAGUAACAUCACAAAAGUUGAAUGAUACCACUUCACAUCCCUAUAAUUAUAUACACAAUCUUAUAUAUGGUGAAGCUUUCAUUUUUUUACAUUUUUCUCUGGUUUAAUCUUAUUACAUUACAACAACCAGUUUUCUAUAAAAUUAUCUUUGGCGAACUGUUUACUUUCUUGGUCUGUAUACUGUUAGCCCACCUCCCCACACACCCACCCCCCACUCACAUUAAAAACCCUACAUCUUAAACACUUUAUAUUAUGAAUCCAGAACCCUUUUCUGGGUAGUUUUCUUAUUUCCCUUGUUGCUGUUGUCAAACUUUUGAUAUGCUAUUUAGAUUUUACCUUGUUCAUAAAAUAUCCCUGAAGAGGAAUUUUACCUUUUACCACCUCCUCCAUAGUUAUAAAAAUGUCAUACCAAAGAAAUAGUGAAUAUUAUAGCUUACUCUUUUAAGUUGUCUCCAAUGACUUACUUGCUGGGUAAAUUACCGCAUAGAAUAAAGAACCAUGUGGUUUUAGUAAAACACUUAACAUUUGCAGCUAGAAUGGUAUUGGCACAAGUGUGAAAACAGCCCAAAAUCCCAGUGAAAUGACAAUGGGCAACGUCAGUUUACAAUGAUAAAAAACAAAAUACCAACACAUAAAUAUACAAGAGGGAACUGACAAAAUUCAUGAGAGGAGGGAUUUGGCUGGCUGGCUUCCCUACCCCUUCCCCACCACUAUAGCUUCCUGCUUGUCUACCUCCCUCUCUGUGGCUCUGACUGCUCAGCUGUAUGUCCAUUGCCACUCUACUUCCCCACCCAGCCAUUUGGCUCACUCAUCCCCUGAGCCUGCAAUGGAGGUAUGUAGUUAAGUGGUAGGUGGAAGAUAGGAGGGUUAGAAGAGCCCCCCCCCCAGUUUUCCAUGCCAAGCCAUGUACCUCUAGUGCCUCUACCUCAGAUGGAGGUGGUUGGGUGGCAGGUGUGGGAGGUGGGUGGGUUGGAGAAAGAGGUUUCAGGUUCUCUUCCCAAUGUACCUACAGCAUUCAUUUUGGGGUCUCCCCCUCUUUUUUAAUGGAUUGAGAUUUUUCUGCAAACCUGAGGGUCGCUUCUCUCAGUGUGGCCCCAGUCUGCAGAUGGGGUUAUGUUGAUUAUUUGAUAUAUUGGUGAGUAUUUGGAAAGCUUGGACUUUUGAUACAUUUGUAUCCUUUACAAAAUAUCAGAGCCAGUAUAACCCAUUUUAUGGAGCAAAGGAGGAGGAGAUAAUGGAAUGUAUUUUACUAUUGAUGCAUAUGUUUGUAUUUUGGUGAUUUCUUAUUCUUAUAUACGGCAAGCUUGAUAUGUUUUCAGGUAAAAUUGUAAGACUAAUGAUUCUAGUUCAUAUGACUUGAAGAGGUGCACAAAUGUUCUAGACAUUUUCCAUGUAUUCUUUUUUAUAAUAACCAAUAAAUGUUUUUAAUAAACUUCA